CUUGUCACAAUUUCUCAUGUUCAGUUAGGAAGGAAGAUACAAGCCAGCUGGAGGUGAACACAGGUGUGAUCCAAAAAACAGCACUACAAGGAUGAAAGGCUUCAUUUUCUUUGUUGUGAAUUUGGCACUUUCAUCUGCAAUAGCCCCAAACAAGAAAGGACCAGAAAUAGUGGACAUUGGUGAAGAGAAGAACAUUGCAGAAGCGAACAAAGAUUCAGUACGCGAUGACAUUCUGGUGGCACCAAGCAUUCAAAGGAGCGCUACAAAUAAUGAUGACAUCCUGUGGCCAUCUCCUGUCCCAUACGUUUUGGACAGCAGCCUUGAUAUGAACGCUAAAGGGGUCAUCAUGAGAGCCUUUGAUCAGUUCAGGCUGAAGUCAUGCAUUGACUUUAGAGAAAGGACUUCAGAUGAAUAUUACAUUAAAGCCCAAAAGUUGAAUGGAUGUUUUUCGUAUGUUGGCCGAGUAAUCACUGACGGACAAGAUCUCUCAAUCGGGCAGAAUUGUGACUCCAUUUCCACCGUAGAACAUGAGUUCCUUCAUGCUCUUGGCUUCAACCACGAACAGAGCAGAUAUGACAGAGACGAUUUUGUGACCAUAAAUUUUGAAAACAUCAUCCAAGAUUUUGUGGACAAUUUUGAUAAGGUCAGCAGUGAGUUUAGCACCACCAACGGAGUCCCCUAUGACUACAUGUCAGUGAUGCACUACGGGGAAGAUUAUUUCUCAAAUGGCAAUGGUUCAACCAUAAUCACCAAAGAUCCAAUAUACCAGGAUGUCAUUGGUCAAAGACUGGAAAUGAGUCCCAGUGAUGUCAAGGAGCUGAACCUGCGCUACCAGUGCAAGUCAUCCGUUGCCUUCCAGAUGUACUGUGGCUUUACUGAAGGAAACAUGUGCGAAAUGGCAAGCUGUUCACAGAAUGGCAGAGGUUGGGAAAUGUCCAGUUAUGUUAAAGCCGGUCCUACCUCUGACCACACAAAUCUACUUGGUGGUAACAAGAAAUAUUCUGGUAAAACAAACAGUGAGUUCAUGCAUGCCAGCACAGCAUCAGGCAAGGAGGGAGACUCAGCCUGGCUGGAGACCAAGACGAUGAGCCCCAAAAGGGAUUGUAAUGUUCAGUGUCUCCAGUUCUACUACUUCCACAGUGGGCAUGAGUCAGACGAACUAAACAUCUGGAUCAGAGAGUUUGAUAGUCAGAAGGACAUCAAAGGAACCGCCCGCCUUGUGGGACAGAUUACUGGUCCAGGAAAACCUCACUGGCAGCUCAAGCACAUUUCCCUCAAUGCCACGAAAGACUUCCAGGUGGAAUUUGAGGCCCGUAAAGGAGCAGGAAAAUCUGAGGGUGGCUUCUCCAUCGAUGACAUCAACCUGUCAGAGAUUGAGUGUCCACAUGUUACAUUGCAGCUUGAUGAUUUCGAGAAACUUUUGAACACUAGUGACUUUGGAACCGAGAUAAGAAGUAAAUAUGACAACCAGCUGGAGUGGCCUGUACCACAAAGGCAGGUGACCUUCCAAAUGGUGGAUCAGACCCCCAACAUCCAGCUUCAAAUGUCCCAACAAAGGAGUACCACUAGUGACCAGAGUAAAUCCAACUCUGGCAAACUGAACUGGGGCAACCCAAGUGAGGGUGGAACUCCAACUAUAGAUGAGAAUAAUGAGAUCAUCUAUUCUGGACCAUUGAUUGGCCGAUACUAUUUUGCCUCUUUGGAAGACAUGAAAAACAAACAGUACCUGAAGGGAGGGAGCGCCAUCUUUGUCUUCAGCUUCCAAGAUCUAACUCCUCUGGUCAAAGGAAGUACUCUGCCGUGCCCUCAAAUGCGACCAGUACAAAUGAAACCCUCUCCAGCUCGAGAUGGUCCAUGCUUCUCAGGGAUCGUUACCCCCACCUACCCACCCCCUCCUCCUAGGACAACAGAGGACGGCAGCAUUUUCGGCUUCUCUCCUGGUUUGGUACCAUGCACUCUCCUCACCUUCCUGCUGGCACUGAUGCUCCUGAUGCGCUGAUGGGAAUCUUUUCCUAUUUACAUCUCACCUCUGCACAUGAACGAGACCACUGAGAGCACUUGAGUAAAUCAUUGCAACAUCCUUUUA